AUGUCGUCGUCCCCCUCCUCCCCCCCGUCGUCGCCGCCCCCCGCCGUGUCCGCCGGCCGGGCCUCGGGGGAUGAUGGCGGCGGGGGCGGCGGUCUCCCGCCCAGCCAGAGCCGGGCCAUCCCCACGCGGACCGUGCCCCUCAGCGACGCCGCCCAGCUACCUCAGGACUACUGCACCACGCCCGGGGGCACCCUCUUCUCCACCACGCCCGGAGGAACCAGAAUCAUCUAUGACCGUAAAUUCCUGUUGGAUCGCCGCAAUUCUCCCAUGGCUCAGACCCCUCCCUGCCAUCUCCCCAAUAUCCCGGGAGUCACCAGUCCCGGCGCCCUGGUUGAAGACUCCAAAGUGGAAGUAAACAACUUGAACAAUCACGACAGGAAGCCAGCAGUGGGGGAUGACGCCCAGUUUGAGAUGGAUAUCUGAUGGCCCCGCGAGGGACCGAGGAGCAGCGGCAGACCCCAAAACCCCUGUCUACCCGAUUCGGCGAGUGGGAUCGAUGACUGAAAAGACACACGAGGCCGCCGCAGCGCUCUCCAUCACAGCCGCCACCUUCCCCUCCAGGUGCCAAAGGAUAGACCGGCUCCCCCACCGCCAUCUCCCUGGUUCUGCUCUCCUUCCCUCCUCGGUCCGCUCCCGAGGAACCAAGAGGCCCAAGGAGGAAGAGCUGCUCCCUCCGGCCUCUCCCCAGUCUGCGGCAACCGGUCAGCUCUGCGUACAAGGCUGAAAAUCUACUGUCGUCGCCAGUCGUGUCUCAGUUGCUCUCGACGGCAGGGUUGGCUGGGGGUGGUGGGGGCUGGGUCUGUGGGUCUGUCGGGCUCCGUAUUCAUCCGGACCCUUCCACCCGGUCCCGCCCUCGCCACACUUGCCUCACAGGUGCGGAGCCGAGCCCCAUCCUGGCCUCCGGGUAUUUUUGCAUUUUGAAUUUCCAAGACCAUCAGGUGACGUGGAAGAGCCGAGAUUCCGCCGCUCACCUCUCGUCCAUGUCCUGCCCAGAGAGGCAGAACCCUCGCUUGCCCCCAACCCCUUCUGUCCUGGAACACUCCACUGCUGAGCGCCCACCUGUGCCCCCUCCCUUGCCACCCUCCCUCCCUCCAGGUGCUGCGCUCCCUUCCCGUCGCCGCCUUCCGACUUCCUUCCCCUCCCCAAUCCUCUCCCCCUCGGGGGAAACGGUUUUAACUUAGUAUCUAGAGCGAACCCUCAUGAUCCUCCCUUCCCUGCCCACCCCCAAACUCCUGCCUGCAGAUACUUAGCCCUUUACUCCCCAGAACCGAUCGUGCGACUCUAGUCUUCCCCGAGAUAGAGGAGCGGGUCUGAUGUCGGUCUGGGGUCGCUGCCGGGGCGCCCGCUCCAGGUCGGAGCCUGGUUUGAGAGACCCGUCUCGGGUCGGUCAGGCGCCGUUCGGGAGCCCGAGUUGGGGCUCCGCACCCUGCAACGUCAAGCGGGUCAGCCCACGCUUUCCUCCUGCGGUCUCCGGUGCCCAGGGUGACGGGAGUUUUGUAAUUGACACUGCGACUGGUCCUCAAGGGGACCUCUCCAUGUCCCCAUUUCUGUGAAGAGUGUGGCGACGUAGUCUCUUUCAUUCUCACGCUCUCUUUUUCUGUCUCCAAAUCAUUCUCUCCUCUCUCCCCAGAGUUCCCCACUCUUUCUCAGCCAGUCCUCUCCCAUGCCAUCAAGGCUACCUUACUGGGAUUUGGUGUCCACUCCCCUCACUCCCUAGGAGAGGCACUCGCCUAGGAGUGAGGCUAUAUUUUUUUGAGAUGCUGACAGACGUUUUUUUCUAGAGAUAUUUUCAGUCCAAAUCAGGACAGCAACUGUUUUUAAGGGAACUUUUUCCAGGGGUAGGGAGAGAACCGGACUCUCUGUGGGACAGGCGACCGAAACUUCCCCUCCGGCCCCUCUCUGCAAAGCUGUAGGGCGAUCUCCCAUCUAACCAGGUUUCCCCGUGUCCUUGACUGUAAGCGUACUCACUUUUUCCCCCUGACAUGAUGUGCACGUCCUGCCUUCUGAACCAACCAGCCAGAGCUGCAUAGUCAUAGCCGGAGCGGGUUUAGUGAAGGCCCGCUCCUUUCUCGUCCUCCCCGUUGCUUCCCGCCGAGUCUCCCUCUUCUCACGUCUUCCGUGUUUAACUGGGUUUCCCCUCCUUUUCCUCCUCAGCCUCCCCUUUCCUUUGGCCCUAGAGCUGGCUCGAUGUGGAUUUGGGAAGUUAUGAUGCCAUAUGACAAUUCUCACCAAGCUUAGUACCAGGCAGGGCCUCUCAGAUCCCAGGAUGAGGACUCACAGGCCACCUCAGGUGAAAAAGGAACUCGUUCCUUUUUCUUUGGAGCAGUGAUAACGUGGAAGUGGAUACUCAGCACAUGGUCAGCGUUCAGUAAGUUCCAUUGAUAGAAUAGGCAGUUGGGGACCAGGGCAGGUGGCUUGUCUAUGGAACUCGAUUCUGUUUUUUACUUGAAAACGUGAACAGUUUGAGGAGCGCGAUCUUUCCAUAAUGGUGAUGGGUUUUGGGGGAAUAAGCUUGAUCGGCAGGGAGUGCUUGAGUCUGAGCGUUUAGAAGUGAACGUUUCUAUAAGGGAAAAAUGGUAUCUUUUGCUCCAUUUUAAUGAAACCCCAUCAAAGUGCUGCUUCACUCUCUAGUAAAAUGAAGGCAGCUCUGUGACAUUUUUCCCCCCCAAGUGUGCUCUAUUUAAGAGGUCAUGGGGAUCCCAGCCCACCAUCAAAAAAUGAGUCUUUUCAUCCGUUAAAUCUGGCCCAAGCCAGCCAGCCUCCCUGCUGCCCCGUGGGCGACGCAGAGAAACUCCGGCGCUUUGGGCUCUAGUGCUGACAGGAAUGAAAACUUGGCUCGGGGCGGGUGAACAGCGAUAAGGUUUCACAUCACAGGAGGCCCUGGACUGUUCCACAGUGCAGACCCUUUUUUUUCAUUCAUUCAAUCGUAUUUGUGGAGCGCUUACUGUGUGCAGAGCACUGGACUGAACGCUUGGAAAGUACAAUUCAGCAAUAAAGAGUGACAAUCCCCAUCCCUGGCCUGGCCAGGACACUUCCAGCCCACCUCUGGUCCCAGCAUGAGAGUACAUUGGUCAUAUUUUCUCGGCGUUUGGCCCGUGUAAUAAUAAUAGUAGUGAUAGUAGUAGUAAUAGUAGUGUUUGUUGAGCGUCCACUUGGUGCGGUGCACCGUAUUAGGAGUUCGGAAAGUACAGAAUACGGUCCAGAAAGCUAGCCACAAAAAUUGCCCAUCAGCUGGAGACAUUUUGACUUCCGCAAUUUUGAGCUUCCUUUAAAAAUCAAAACGAAACAAAAAAACCCUCAGGGCACGAGUCCAACUUUGUCACACAGUCGAGAAGUUCAAAACGUGGCAUUUGAGCAGCAGAGGGGUCAUCCAAAAGCUCCGGUGACUUUCCAGUGCUCGAAUGCGGUGUCGGUGUGUUCAAGAUCAGAGAUUGAACCAAAAUUCAUUCAUUCAUGCAAUCGUAUUAAUUGAGCGCGUCCCGUGUUUAAAGCACUGUAGUAAGUAUUUGGGAGAGUACAAUAUAACAAGAAACAGACACAUUCCUGCCCACUGAUUCCUGCCAUCGGUAGCCCCUUACUAUCUGUAAGAGCCCUCUGUCUCCUUCCAAAGGUUUUUUGGUGGGGGGCUGGGUGACGGAGGGUUUUUUUUUAGUUGUGUUCAUUUAGAAACUGAUUAUCUGUGCCUCUGGAGACAUUUGCGGGGAGUCUUCUUGAGAAGCGAUUUUCCCCCUCCUCCUUCUCCCAGUGCCAGCACGAAAGCCAUUAUCGGACUGCGGACUCCUCGGGGAACGGGCUUUGCCUUUGGGGGUUCAUAGGACCCAGCCGCAUCCUGCCCCGAACUCCUCAUCUCUGGAGAACUGGGCCCCGGGUGGGAUCGGCCAAGGAGUCUUCGAACAGCGAGCUCGAGGCAGGCCUGCGGGGUGACCAGUGGCUAGUGAAAAGAGCACCAGCAGUCAGUCCGUGACCAGGCUUUCUGCGGGCACUCAGCAAGCAGAGACAUUCUUUCUUCCCCCUUUGUCUCCAUCUCAUCCCAGCCGGCUAGAUUCCCAUUCCCCUUUUAUCUUUGGAGACCUGUGGCAACUUCUGGGAGUGGGUUCAGAGCUGCUCGCAGGGGGCCUCCCCCGAGUUUAGGCUGCCCGUGGCCACCUGGGCUACGUGGGACACGGGCGAGGCCGUCUAGGUCGGAUUCAUUGUCUGGCCAGCCCAGGGGCAGCGAAGGACCAGAGAAACUUUGUGGUGGUUGCCCUUCCUCAGGUUUUCUGACACCCCCUAACUUUUCCUUGUAAUAAUCCAUCGGGGGCUUAUCCCAUCAGGAAUUUGCCUAGGCCUAUUUUGAAUUUCUCACUACUUUGUACCUUGCCAAUUGUGGAAGGUUCCUUGCUUGUGAGAACAGAGCGACCCUGAAUUCAAUCCCACUGGACAAAAAACUCCUACUAGAGGGCAGGGAUAGUGUCCAGCUGUGUUGUACUCUCCCAAGGGCUCAGUACAGUGCUCUGCACAAAGGAAGCGCUCAGUCAAUACCAUUUUUCAACCGAGUCUUGAUCUUGGGUGUAUUCGCGGCAUUGCCUUGAUAAGGGCCAAGGAGUUCACUUUUGCCAAUCUGUUGACCACCGGCCCCUUCUGUUUUGCAACUGCAGUGAACCCCCCAAAGUAAUCAAAUAAUGAAGAAAGAAAUGUCAGGAUUGAAACUGUAGUUUGUCUAGGUACCCUUGGGUUCAACAGUCAUCCUUUUAAACUUGAUUUUUAUUUUGAAGGGGUGGGGCCACCAGAAGAGACAAAAAUGUGUGGGAGCCAUCCGCCCCAACAGCCGCCCCGAAAAGGGACUGGAGGGCGGGGGAGAGGGUUCAUUCUUGCCCUUGAGACCCCCCAAAGAGUUUGUGCUUUUCCUCUCUGGAUUUUUCUCGGUCAGAUGAAAAGUGGUUGGUAAUGUAGUGCUGUGCACACUAGUAAGCACUCAGUAAGUACCGUUGAUAAUAAAUACCAUUGAUGCUAGGAGGAGUUAUUCCAACCACCCAAGCAUUUGGAACCUGGCUUCAGGUGUGGGCUUCCACUGACCCUUUUAAAACAGGCCUCAGUUAGAUGCACCCUGGCAUUAGCGGGGCUGCUUCAUCCGGCCGCUCUACUAGGAAACUAACCCCAGAGUGGUCUGCCGUUUCAUUUGGAGGGAGGGAAGGAGGAAGGGAUUAGGAGCAGGGCCUGGUGGGCCUGCUUCAGCGUCAGUCUUCCAGAGUCCAGCCCCCUGGGGCUCGGGCAGUAGUAGACACUAGAGCCUUUGUGGCAACCAACACCAGUCGUCUCUCUCCCUCGCUCUUUCCCCCAAGUUGUGUCUUUGGCAUCAUGUCCCUCACUGAUGCUUUGGGCUCCCAAGCUUCAGGAAAAUGGUACCAUGGCCCUUGUAAUAGGAAAAAAAGUAUGUUCAUAUAUUGAAUAAUCUCAAUCUGCCUGGCUUGGCCUUGCAGUGUCCUACCCUCGGGACCCCACGAAGGUACGGACACAGCAUCCAUCUUUCAGAGCAGGGGAGUCUUCCUACCCCUGUCUGGGCUUCCCCGGCUUCUGGGCCCCUAGGGCGUGGGCAGCCGACGACGGGUCAUCCUAUCGACCUGCAUAACCCAAUCACCCAACCCCAAUUCUUGUCUAGGAGGGAAGCGGGAUACGUUUUUAAAGGGAUAUCGGCAUUAUGUGGUGGGGGACGUUUUUUCUUCAGUUAAGAUUGAAAUUGGAAGCAAGUCGGCCGGAGAGCUUUGAUUUUGCGGAUCGGAGGCCUGAGAAGAGCAAGGCACAGUACCUCAGCUCACCUAAGUGGGCUUGGGAUGAGGCUGUGGAUUUCGCACCCACCCCCCCUCAACUUUUGAAGCAACGGUGGCCGCAGCAGGGGGCAAAAAAAAGUUGUUCUUCCUGGUGCCUGCUUUAAAGAUCUCCCUCCUGUCAACGCAGUGAAGGCUUUUUGGGUGUUUUUCUUCUUGGGAGUUGGAACCCUUCUGAAGCUGUUGGGGACAUUGUGGUAGUCUCAAAACAUCAGGCCUGAGGCCUCUAGGGAUCUCUCCUUUCCCCAGACUGCAGGCUGUAGCUGGUACAAAGAAGUUUUUAUAUCUUAUUUAUUUUCCCAACCGUCUUCCCUGGGGGAUGAUAACUCCUUCCCAUAGAAGUCGAUCGCUUCAGUCGAGGCUCAGGCCGCUGCGAGUUCCUCGGUAAGACUUAACUUCCGGCCAGUCUUUAAAGGAACCUCUAGCAGACCACCCUGCUCUGUCUCCGGUGCCAAAACGGGGCACUCGAGGUCAUAAAAAAGUGUGACCCAGGUGAAACCAGUUCCCAGGAUAUCUAACUUCACUCUGCCCCUCGUCCCGAGGACUUGGCAGGUGGAGAGAUGCUGCAAUGCUCGAUAAUCAUCUGGCCGAAUUGAAUCCUUGAAGGGAAAUCUUCACUUCGGCCCGAGAGCACUGGUGCUUGAAACUGAAGCUGCCCCGGCCUCGGGAAAUUGAGUGUGGCAAAUCCGUUCUAGCAGUCAGUGACGAUCCUCCCCAAUCCCGUACACCCCCGCUCGCCAAACCCCUGUUGUUUUUCCUUUAUGUUGCAGCUCCGUCCCCACCCCACAACCGAGGCGUAUUUACUUGAAACCGGUGGAGCAGAGAGGGUGCAAAGUGGAGGGGAAAUUAGGGGAGGAGGAGGAAAGGUCCUGUGUCCAACCUGAUUGUCUUGUAUCUACCCCAGCGCUUAGUACGGUGCUUAGCACAGAGUAAGCGCUUAAUAAAGGCCAUCAUUAAAGGUUUUGCAUGUGACGUCCUUUGGGAGGAAGGGGCGCCCACUCAUCACCCCGGUGUGUCCGCAUUAUUACGCGAUGAUGAUCCAGUGCCUUUCCGCACCUUUCUGUCUCCAUCCGGUGAAGCAAGCGUGGAGGGGUCCCUGAGAGUGUCUCUCACCCGGGGCCCACCAGCCUCUCUCGGGAACCCAUUUUCAGCUUGCUUUCAACAAUUUUUAUUAAAAGAAAAAAGGGUCCCCAUCCUUCCAUGCCUUCCGUGCCCUCCCCCUUUCCGGCGUCGUUUUGAAAAGGAAACGGGGGGGCUGCCUGGGUGAUCUUUCAGGCAGUUUUUAGGCAAUUCUGUGUGUGUAUGUUGGGGGUUUUUUACUGUCCUUCAAAACAAACAGGAGUUUGGAAAUGGGGGUUGGGGGGAGGUGGGGAGCUCUCACCAAUGGUUGCUGUUACUGUUAGAUCAAUAAAGAUCUCAACUCUUCA